UGCAAAGAUGGCGUUUUCUCUUCGUGUGUUCGUCCUGCUUUGUGGGAUCAGUGGACUGUUGACUGGAGCUUGGUCCUGGUCCCUCACGAAGGACAAAGAUACUUGCUGUCCUAAAGGCUGGACUCAGUUGGAUGAUCACUGUUACAUCUUCCUAGAUGAAAACAGGACUUUUGCAGAUUCAGAGAGAAUCUGCAACACCAUUGGUGGGAAUCUGGUUUCAAUCACUGACGACCUGGAAAAUUUUGUCGUUUAUGAACUGGCUGUGGUGGGAGGAGCGAGCCAAGCCUGGAUUGGACUCUAUGAUGCCUUUGAGGAUGGAGUGUAUUUUUGGAUUGAUGGCACAGACUUUGAUUUUGAAAACUUUGCCAUGCCAAAAUCUGGUAAUGAUACUUGUGUGGUGAUUCAAACCAAUGGAGGCUCAGGUGAAUGGGUUGGUGAAUCGUGCGACGCAGGGAAUCCAUUCGUUUGCAUCAGCGACGCGAACUGUAACAAGCACUAAUCAUCCCUCUUGUCAUCAUAUCAACUUCAACAAUGACAACAACUAAUCACAAUGGCUAUACUAGAAAAUAUCUAACAUGAGUGGUGUCUUUGUAUGUCGAGGUUUACUAUCAAGUAGGGGUGUAACGAUUUGUUUACAUUAUGAUUCGAUUCCUCCGUCUUGAUGACGAGCUUAACAGAGACACUGAACAGGAUACCGUGGUUUGGUGGGUUUAUAAUAAUACGUUUUGAUAAUGAGACCAAACCGGGAAAGCAAACAGGUACUUUGCAUGUGAAGUGAUGGCAGAUGGCGUGCAGCAGUGUAAGGAAACAUGGUUAUACAAAAGAAGAAUACAUAAGAAACAAUUAUGGCUUCCCAGCCUUUCCUCUCUCCUCCUUCCUCCCCGGUACAAGCGAGGGCGCGUCAUUUAUUGCUUCCGCGUACGUAAGCAAAUAUUGUGACCUGGGCACGCUGCGCUGGAUGGUGAUGUCCGUAAGCUACCGUCUCGAGGCGUACAAAACGUCCUUACUUUGCAUAUUGUGCCCAUAAAUGUCACUUAAAAGGAGUUUCAAAUCAGGACAGACGAGUUAAAUAUGAAAACUGAAUGAAAUGAAGUGAACUUGAGAACCCAGAUCCAUAUAGUUGAAGCGUAGGAAUAUAAAUAGAUCCAUCGAUGUAGUGAAUGAAUCGUUUCACCCCUCCUAUCAAGUCUUAUUUUCUUCUUCUUGUACACUUUCCAGGUGUUAAUCAAGCACAUUAGAAAUGGAAAAGACCAUCUCUCUACUAAAUAAAGGAACCU